AUGGCUGAAAUUGCAGUGGAGUUUAUCCUGGAAAAGAUAGCUUCUUUUUUGCAAAAUGAGAUCCAAAUUCUGCAAGGGGUUCCGGAGGAACUUGAGUACAUCAGGGAUGACUUGCAGAGAAUGACGGCAUCCCUGAGAGCUGCAGACUUGGUGGAAGAUAGAGAUCAUCAACUCAAAGAAUGGGUUCGGCAAGUGAGAGACAUUGCAUAUGACAUUGAGGAUGUCAUUGAUGGAUUCAACUAUCACCAUGCGGAUCAACAUGGGCACCGUAUCCAUGGGUUUCUUCACAAUUUUUGCUUCUUUGUCAAGAAUUUGGAGGGUUACCAUCAAACUGCUGAUAAAUUACGAAAAAUCAGAUCGAGAAUCAGGAAUGUUUCAGGCUGGCAGCUCAACAACACUAUCAACCUUAGUAUAACCGAUCAGGGCUCAAGUUCCAUGACAACAAGUGAUGCCCUUAUUCUAGACAGUGCUGAUUUGGUGGGCAUUGAUGAGUCCAAAGAGCUACUGGUAAGGUGGCUGGUCGAAAGGAACCCUGGACGCAAAGUUAUGUCGGUGGUUGGAAUGGGAGGAUUAGGGAAAACUACCUUGGUAAAGCAAGUAUAUGAUGAUGAACGUGUGAAAAAACAUUUCGAUGUGCAUGUUUGGAUCGCUCUUUCUCAUCCAUUUAAGAUGGAAGAUUUCCUUCGAAACAUUGUCCAGCAACUCUUCAGUGCAAUCAGGAAACCAGUCCCCGAAGGAAUUGAUGAUAUGAAGAGUGAUUGGCUAAAAGUUGUAAUAAAGCCAUUUUUACAACAAUGGAGGUACUUGAUUGUUCUUGAUAACGUCUGGCAUAUCAAUCAAUGGCAUGCUGUCAAUCAUGCAUUUGCAAAAAAUGAUAGCAACCGAGUGAUGAUCACAACCCGCAAUACUGAUGUUGCAAUAGCAUCUUGCUUAGAAUCUGAUGAUAUGGUCUUUAAUAUAGAGCCUCUAUCCUCGGAUUACUCUUGGGAUCUUUUCUGUAGAAGAAGUUUUAGGGGAAACACAUGCCCACCUUAUUUGGUCGAAGUGUCCAGACGUAUCCUAGAGAAGUGCGAGGGAUUGCCUCUUGCAAUUGUGGCAAUCAGUGGACUGUUGGCCACAAAAACAGGUACACCUGCUGAAUGGGAGACUAUUUACCGCAGUCUUGGUGCCAUAAUCAAGGACAACGACAAACUCAUGAAUUUGACAGAAGUGCUUUCACUGAGUUUCAAAUAUUUGCCAUACCAUCUAAAAUCUUGUUUCUUGUACUUGAGCAUCUUCCCUGAUAACUACUUGAUUGAGAGGAUGAGACUAAUAAGAUUGUGGAUAGCCGAAGGAUUCGUUGAAGUAAAAGAAGGAAAGACACAAGAAGAAGUUGCAGAGGACUAUCUCAAUGAGCUCUUGAGUAGAAGCUUGAUGCAAGUAUUUGGGAGAACAUCUGAUGGAAGGGUCAAAACAUGCCGGAUUCAUGAUCUGUUGCGUGAGAUUAUCAUUUCUAAAUCGAGAGAUCAGAACUUUGCAGCAAUAGCCAAAGACAACAAUGGAGCCUGGCCUGAUAAAGUUCGACGCUUAUCAUUGCAUAAUUCAUUGCGAAAUGUGCAACACAACAGGAAUGUUUCACAUCUACGCUCUUUUUUUAUGUUCGAAGUAGAAGAUCCACUAUUAAGCGCUCCUUUACACUCUCUGUAUCCUGAUGGUUUGAGGCUGCUUAAGGUGUUGGAUUUACGAGCUGCCCGUUUACAGGCUUUUCCAGGCGAAAUUAUCAACCUGUUUCUUCUGAGGUACUUAAGCCUGAGAGAAACCAAGGUCAAUAGCAUUCCAAGUUCUAUAGGGAAGCUUCAGAACCUGCAGACACUGGAUCUAAAACACACUAAUGUCACUGAAUUACCUGUCGAGAUCCUGAAGCUCCAACAGCUUCGACAUCUUCUGGUCUAUCGCUAUGAAUUUAAAUACUACUCUCGUUUCCAUUCCAAAUAUGGUUUUAAGGCUUUGGCAGGAAUAGGAGCUCUCCAGUCCUUACAAAAACUCUGUUUUAUAGAAGCAGACCAUAGAAAUGCUUCUGUACUUGAAGAAGUAGGGAAGUUAACUCAAUUACGGAGAUUGGGGAUCAUGAAUUUGAGAAAAGAAGAUGGGAUGGCUUUGUGCUCAUCCAUCCAGAAGUUGACUAACCUUCGGGCCUUAUCCGUAGUUUCAUCCGUAAAGGAUGAGGUCAUUGAUCUGCAUCAGCUUGCUUCUCCUCCUCAAUUACUUGAACGGCUGUACUUAACUGGACGAUUAGAGCAAUUACCAGGUUGGUUACCUCGCCUUCAAAGCCUGGUCAUAGUAUAUCUUAAAUGGAGUCGCUUGGAGGAUGACCCGCUCGUUUCUCUUCAACAUUUGUCAAAUCUUGUACAUCUCGAGUUACUUCAAGUUAGCAUCGGAGAUACUUUGAGUUUUAAGGCUGGUGGGUUUCAGAAGCUUAAGGUUUUAGGCAUUGAUAAAUUCGACGAACUCAGAUGCAUUGAGAUGGAGGAGGGAACAAUGCCUGUCAUCGAAAAGCUAAGUAUUCUGCGUUGCAAAUCACUUGAAACGGUGCCAUUCGGCAUUGAACAUCUGACAACGCUAAAAGUACUCGAGUUUUUUGACAUGCCUGAAGAAUUGAUCAAGACGCUCAGUCCUAACGCGAAGGGUGGAGACUACAGAAAAGUUGCACGCAUCCCAGAAGUUUACUACACCUAUUGCAGAGAUGGAGAAUGGGAGGUCUGUUCCUUGGAGAGUUCAGGCGAGCGAGUGCUGAGUGUUCAGACUGUUGAGUCUCAUCUGGAAAGCAUCGCGAAGAAGUAA